AUGGACACGGGAUCGCAUUUUGGGACUUCGGCUGCUAACUAUUACCAGUACGGCCAACUGAAUCCACAACAAUAUGUCAUGCCUGAGACUUACACUGAUUUCUACAAGCUGCACUCACAGUACGCUAACCCUAACCAGGUGAUGACAGCGAGGGAAAACCUAAUGGCAUAUCCCACAACAGAGCCAGUGUCACCGGUGGAAGAUUGCAGUGGAAGUUUGUCCACGGGCAACGAAACUGGAGGCUCAGACAUGACUUACGCCACUGAAGAUGUCGAGAAUUUCUCCCCGGAGUCGACGUUGGACGAGCAAACCUGCGACAACGCCACGAGCAGCGCUGGAGGGAGGAAGCGCAAGCGUCCUAUCCCGAAGGGCAAGCCGCCAUACAGCUACAUCGCCCUUAUAAGCAUGGCCAUCGCUAACUCCACGGAUCGCCGCCUGACUCUUCAUGAGAUCUAUAAAUUCAUCACCGACCGGUUUCCCUUCUACGCCAACCACGACAACCCCAAGGGCUGGAAGGGGUCCAUUCGCCACAACCUCGCCCUCAACGACUGUUUCAUGAAGUUACCCAAGAAACCCGGAAUGAUCGGUCACCAGUGGACAAUAGACCCUGAGUACGAGGACAUGUUCGAUCACGGCAGCUUUCUCCGACGCCGCUACCGUUUUAAGGACGGAGUCCGCAAGAAGGGGAAGCGCGCCAACAUCCCCGGGCCGGAAGCCGCCAUACCGAAGACAGUCGGGAUGUCAGUCACUUCCGAUCUCGCCACAUCACGUCAAGUCCCGUUCCUCAACACGAUGUUUCCACCCACGCUUCUUCAAACUAGCGCAGCGGCCAAGUACACACGGCCGGCCCCCACCAUCGAAAUGCCGCUUUGGACGCAAUUUCCUUACCAGUACGCCCCAGUGAAGCCACAGACCCCUUCACCUCACUCUACCACGGUGUCCCCGAACAACAACCACCAGAUCUUUUUCAAGGAGGAGAACAGCCCCGCUCAGUAUCUGCAGACUUCACCGGCUUCCACGGACUCUCCACCGUGCUUGAGUAGUGAACAGGCCAGUCCUCUCUCCACCAUGGACACCUCCCGCCCAUCCUGCAGCAGCGGCGACGGAAGCGAUCUAGACGUCGUUUCCCCUUCCCUACGCUGGCCAGGACAGUCGGGAAACCAAAACGUAAGCGCCAACAGCAGCUACGCCGAUCUGAUGAGUUCUGCAGCGAUGAAUUUGGCAUCGACCUCUACAUCUCCCAUUGACUACUCUACAAGCUCGGCGAACUUCAAGAGCUCCUACCGCCACCAGUACCCCUACCCCCGCCAAGAGUACAAUGCCCAGUAUCACGCCCAGUACAACCCUCAGUACAACGCCAACCUUCGGUACUACGGAGGCGACCUGUGGUAG